GUGACGUGGCAUGUUAUUAUUGGUAAAAGAACGUACCGGAGAGAGGUUGGCAGCACAUUCUCUUAUAUUGUGUAGUCUCCUUUCCAAACGCACCAUUUCUCUUCUCUUUUCUCCUUUCUCCGUUGGACUCGAUCGCUUCAAGCCAUGGCUGACGAGAUUGAGCUGAAAACUGCCCCUGCUGAUUUUCGAUUUCCUACAACAAAUCAAACUCGGCACUGUUUUACCCGGUAUAUUGAGUUUCACAGGUGCUUGGCGGCAAAGGGUGAAGAAUCUAAUGAAUGUGAGCGAUUUGCCAAAUACUACCGUUCCCUUUGCCCUGGUGAAUGGCACAAUGAAAUUUUACAAGGAAGACAAGGAAAACAACCUUGUUAGGUGUUUGACUCAACGAGCAGGACAAAGGAUUGAGAGGUGGAAUGAACAGAGGGAGAAUGGGACGUUUCCUGGUCCUCUUUGAACUUCUUCCACAAGCACCUAGGUUGAAUGUCUAUGGCAAUGUUUCUCUCUAUUUUUCGUUUAGAUCCUUUCAUCUAAUAAAAAACCACUGAGAUCUGGGAAUUCCCCUGAGCUUAUGCAACUGAGAGUAAUUAUUUUGGAUAAAUUGCACAAAUUUCUGGCGUC